UUAGAAAAUGUCUACUCGCUGGGGGUGAAAUUUUUAAUUAGAGAAUUCAAUAACAAAAAAUAAAUAAAUAAUUUCGAGAGAAGAACUUAUGUUGGUGGGUUAUGAUUGUUCACCGGUGGUGUUAGACUGUAGCACCAAAAAGACAUGUUCAUGCAGGUGCUUAGCGAGGAUGUGAGAUCGGGGAUCAGUGACUGGAAACACACUCAGGACAGGCGUAGCGGUUGCUGGAGCCAUGCAGGACUUCCCUUAGAUUCGCCAGCUGUGCUAUCGUGAGCGGGACCCUGAUUGACUGGAAGCAACAGCAAUGACGGGGAACGCGGGAGAGUGGCAGACUGUCCGGAAGAGGAGAGGAGCUGGUAAAGCAGGGAGGCAGCAGCAGGGUCCGGGGCCGGAGCCCAGUAGACAGUGUGGCCGGCUGCAAGACGAGACUCCGGACAGCCAGAGAAUCAAAGAGAGGAUCCAGGGAGCUGUGGUUGAACUGCGGUCUACAGAGUUUUGGGAUGCGUGUAAAAAGCUCACUCUGGGCUGUCUAAUGAAGAGUCUUCAUACUGGAGUAGAGGAGGCAGGGGAUAUGGGAGCCCCAGCAGGAGACUGUCAGGACUGCAAAGGAGUGAAGUGUCCUGAUACCCCAACAGACCCUCCCAUUCCUGCAGCAGACUGUGCUGGGCCUUCCCCAGACCAUCGCAUUCCUGUAGCAGACUGUGCUGGACCCUCACCAGACCCUCCCUUUCCUGCAGCAGACUGUGCUGGACCCUCUCCAGACCCUCCCAUUCCUGCAGCAGACUGUGCUGUACCGUGCCCAGCUGGAGCUGCUCUGGACUGUGUGUGUUACGGACUGGGAAGCUUCUCCAGCUGUGCCUCCUCUCGGUACCAGCUCGCCCUGCUGCUCCUGCUGCUGGAGAGCCUGCAGAUUCCUGCAAGUCGGUGCUACUUAUACGAUCCCAUGUUCUCUAAAGCAGAGGUCGGCAUCCUUGAGGAUUUCGGAAUGACAGUGUUGACUGAAAAUGAGGAAGGGAAGCGGCCGGCUCACAGAUCCACGCUCUUCUACCUCAUCCACUGCGGGAAGGCUCUCUACAACAACCUGCUGUGGAAGAACUGGAGCGUCAGGGGCCUGUCCCAGCUCACUGUCAUCGGGAACAGCUUCUGUGGCAUCGAAGAGAGGUUGUUAGCGAGAGUUCUGCAAAGAGACUACAAGUACAUCUCUGACAUGCUGAGAGUUGUGCGGGAGGUCCCAUUCCCCGACAGCCCUCGCUACAGGGAGAUCUUCAACGACACCUCCGUUCACUGCUUCCCCGUGGAGAGGCUGCGCGCCCUGCCGCUGGCACUCUGGGACUCCCCGGCAGAGCCAGACUACCAGGAGGACCUGGAGAUCAUCCGUGUUGGGGAGGGGGGUCACCUCAGCCUCAGGUCUCAGACUGCCUGCACCAGCUCACAGUGCCAGUAGAUUGCGCCACUCUGACCGAGGCUCUGCACCAGCAAGGGAUCAACCUGGGCUACUUGGGCUGGAUCGCGAAGCUUGUCAGCCAAUCAGAUAUUUUCUUAAAAAUAUUUCCCAACAUAAAACCAAUGUCACCUUACAAUAAUUGAUUUUGAGUUUAAGUGUUU